ACACUUCAAUAUCUGUUCACUUAUCUCAAGUAAUAUCGUCAUCGUAAAAUUUAACAGUGUAAUUUCACAUCGCAAAUUUUCCUCAUAUCGUGCAGACAUACCCGCCAUGUUAUUUGACUAAAGGUGCAUGCCGGGUCUGGCUAACACUAAAUCCUAAAAUUGUGAGGAGCGCAAUGAGACAGAGAGGCAGAGUGGACUGGUUAUAUUUUGCAGUGAGAACCAACAGAGAAGCUAGAUUCAGAGCAGGUUAAGGAGGACUUUGCGGUGCAUGAGAUACGGAGUGACAUUCAGACACGUAUGUGCAACACUGUACAACAACUACUGCGUUGCCUGGCAAUGUAGCGUUCUGUCUGUUUAUCAGCUGCAGUCACCAUUGAGUUUGUUGUUUAUACAUCUCGUCUUUUUCUGCUGCUUUAUUCUUUUGUUACUUCUGUAAUAAGUGACACAAGUGGGUUCUGCCGCAUACCCGGAUACAACGUACACCUGGCUACCCGGAGCCAUUUAAUUCAAACUGUAGAUAAUAACAGUGCAAACUCUACUCUCUUUGCAGGCAUUGUCAUAAAGCUGUGUCAGUGAUUCUGCUUUUUGAAACAAACUUCCUUCCUGUAACCACUAGCAAUGCUUGUUCCCCCGGUUUCAUUUAUAAGGAAAUGAAAAUUACAACUGCUCAUACACAAAGACAGAGAACAGAAACUUAAAACCAGCCGACUUAAACAGGAUGAUGAAGAUGUCAGGAAGAGUCACAAGUUGCUGUGUAGCUCUGUUCCUUACCCUGACCUCUGUGUCAGCUGUGAGAAAGCUCAAUUCAAUCAAUGAUUUGAAGGAAAUCAACUUUGGCCAAUCUGUGCCCACGCACAGUCUCCUGCUGCUCCACUGGUUUGCCAACAUUGUUGAUAUUGACAGAAACAAUGUCAUAUACUUGACCUUUGAUCCAAACAAUGAAGAUUAUGGCUCGCAUCAUUAUGGCAACUUUGAGGGGCUGUUGGAACAACGGCCUUACGGACACCGGUACUACACUGUUGGCAAUCUCCAUCAAGACUCGCCCAGGCGACUUCCAUCUUAUGUCCUCCAUCCCAAGGCAGAGUAUACGGGAAGAAACAGGGACCGGAUCAUAGUCAGAGUCAGCGAUCAGAACACAGGACGGCAGAGGAUACACAGAGUGUACCUCACACAGCAUUAUGGGGUUCCUGAACAUCCGGGGACAUAUGAUCCAGAUCAUACCUACGAGAUCACGACUAACCUUUUAAGAGAAAUCAGAGAGUUUUCUGUAGAAAAUCGGCAGUCACUCAUGUACCUCAGAGAUCGCUUUGGAAGAAACGCUAAUGACUUCCAAUUACAGGACAUAAGAAACACAUGGGGUCAACUUGCUGGUCUUGGACUGCUGCUGUUUAUUGUGCUCCAGAGAGGGUACUACUCUAACCAAUCCAACUACAGUCAUCUGCAGGCGGCAAGAAGAAACACAGACAUUGAUUUCUUUGGCAGCAGACAAAAUCAUGGGAAUGCUAAUACUUCAAACAUCUGUACAGGCAUCUGUACUUGUAUUGCGGUCAUUUUAUUUUUGUUAGUUGUUAUGAUUGUCAUUUCUUCAUCAGAUAUGAGAAGAUGACAAGACAUGAGGGAGAGCAAGUUGCUAGAUAUUGUCUAAACAAAAGUGUGAUGGAAAUGCUUUUCAAUGAUGACGAAGACAUGGAAGCCAGCAGGAGUUAACAUGAAUGAGAAUCAGACUGUUAUGACACCUCAGUAGACCUGGAUGAUGGCGACGGGUAGUUCUACUAUUCUGUUGUAUGCUUUGUUUUGCCUCCAUAUGAUGCAUUAAUUGUGUACUUUAUUUUCUUCAUAUUGAGACAUAGGCUUAGUAUGACAUGCUUGUGAUGAAAGACCAAAUAUUAAAAAAAUCACAACUGUUUGCAUUGAAGCGCUGGGAGUCUUGAGGGAUUCAGUUCAGACCAGUCAGUCAGCCAACUUUAUCAGACUAUAGGAUCAUAGUAAAAACUCAGUGAUCAGCACAUCUUCUUCACCAAGAGCUGAAGGAGUCAUCAGUGAUUGAAGGUGGUGAAGUGUUUGUUCUGACUGAAAACCUGCAGAAGCUGACCUCAAGAGACAUCUGCUGUAAAUAACAUUUGAAUGGCUCUUGAAUUUGUUUUAAAUUUGUUUUUGUUUUUUUUUGUUUUUUUUUUUUUAAAAACAACAUGGCAGUUUUAAGCUUUAUUAAAGGGUUACGUGUAAGGGGUUGUAUUUCGCCAAAAACAUAUCUGGAUAUUUGAGCUUUAUAUUUCUAUUAAAAAAAACUGCAGUUAGGUAAUAACUUCACAAAUUCUGCUCUGGUACAAUCAUAAACCUACAGGUUUUAUUCUUGCAAUAAUGUCAUGCUCCAGCACAUUGAAUCUAAAAGUAGUGACUAAUUGCUGCCACAUCCUGUGUCUGAUAAACAUGAAAAGAAUUUAAAUAGCUCUGAUGUAUAAAUGAAACAAAUGAGUGAAAUGUGCUAUGGCCUCUUAAGAACAACCUUCUGUAAAUAUAUAUUAGCUUUUGGAUAUAUAAAAAAAAAAAAAAUCAGGAAUGUAUUUUACAUGAUUUGUAUUCUUUCUGUAACGUUGAAAAUGGUGCAUUUAUAUACCACACACUGCUUUGUUUGGUCUGUAAAUAAAGUCUAUAAAGCUGACACAUUUGAUCAUCUCUUCAUACCAUUUCCUCAAGAAGCCCAGGUCAAUGUGAAGAAGAAUUCAAAUACAGAGGGAAACUCUUGUGUUGGUCUUUGUGUUGAUGAAUUUACUUAUUCAAGUUCAGUUAGAGCAGCAACUCGCCAUUACUUUCUUUAUUGAGUAAUCACUUUAAUUAUGUUUUUAACUAAUCAAUUAAUCAUAGUAAAAGUAAAAUAAUAUAAUAAUGAAACAAUUGUAAUAAUGGCAAAAAUGUUAUCAUCAAGGUGACAUCUUCAAACUUGUUAUGCCUGGCCAAAAGUCCAAAAUUCAAAAUUUGUUUAUGGAUGGAAAUAUAUUGGGGAAAAAAUUGUUUAACUCCAAUAGAACAAACUGGUCUAAAACCACCACAUACUUGGGUUUGAAUCCAGCUGGGACCUUUUAUUGCAUGUCAUCCCUGUUUCUCACUCCUGAUUUCUGGACCAUUUUACUGUGCAUCCAUCUAAUAAAAGCAAAGUUCACCACAUUUAUUAGGCCAAUAUUGUCACCACAGGGUGCAAAAAAUAAAACUGACAAUAAUACAUUUCCCAACAUCUCACUACUUUUAGGCAAUGAAACCUCAAAUUAGAUUAUCAAGAGUUGUGACACAUACUGUAUGUACUGAGGUACAAUAAAAAAAAAAAAAAAAAAAAAAAAAAAAGGAUAGUAUAGAAAUAUACAGAAAAAUGCAUGCAAUAAAAGAAUCAGGUUCUGUAAUUUGAAACUGAUCUGUGAUAAGCAAAUACUAGUUAAUAAUAAGCCAGCCUCUAUUACAGAUCUUGUAGUUCCUCACCCUGCAGUAAAAGGACACAGUCACUGUCAAACCUGGACCUGCACAGGCAUGUUUCAAAUCUAAACCUGCUCAAAGGAAAAAAAGAAAAGAAAAAAACUCACAGAAUAAAUCUUUCUAAACAGCUGUGUCAAAACUCCUGUAACCACCAGCAAUGCUAGUUUCCCCAGUUUCAUUUACAAGGAAAAGGAAACCAACAGGGAGUUUAAACUGCUCUCACACAAACACAGAGAUCAGACAUUCAACAGCAGCUGACUAAAGCAGGAUGAUGAAGAUGUCAGGAAGAGUCACAAGUUGCUGUGUAGCUCUGUUCCUUACCCUGACCUCUGUGUCAGCUGUGAAAAAGUUCAAUUCAAUCAAUGAUUUGAAGAAAAUCAGCUUUGGCCAAUCUGUGCCCAAUCACAGUCUCCUGCUGCUCCACUGGUUUGCCAACAUUGUUGAUAUCGACAAUAACGAUGUCAUAUACUUGACCUUUGAUCCAAACAAUGAAGAUUAUGGCUCGCAUCAUUAUGGCAACUUUGAGAGGCUGCUGGACCCACUACCUCACGGAAACAUGAGAUACCAGUACUACACUGUUGGCAAUCUCCAUCAAAACUCACCCAUGCGACUUCCAUCUUAUGUCAUUUACCCCCCAGCAGGGUAUGAGGGAAGAAACAGGGACCGGAUUAUAUUCAGAGUCAUGGAGCAGAACACAAGAGGGCAAGUUUUGCAGAGAAUAGACAGAGUGUACCUCACACAGCAUUAUGAGACUUCUGAGAAUCAGGGGACAAGGUAUGAUCCAGACCAUACGUACCAGGUCACUACCAAUCUUUUGAGAGAGAUCAUGCAGUUUUCUGUGGGGGAAGACCAACAGUCACUGCCAGAGCUCAGAGAACGCUUUGGAAGUAACGCUGAUGAUUCCCAUUUAUGGGACAUCAGAAACAUAUGGGGUGACCUUGCUAGUCUUGGACUGCUGGUGUUUAUUGUGAUCCAGGAAAAGUACUCCUCUAACAAACAUAACAGAUCUCAGCGUGCAUCGAGAAGAAAUUUACAACCUGAUUUUGUUGUCAACAUCCCAGAAAGCAGACAAAAUCACAUGGAGGUCGACACUUCACAGAUUUUUGCAAGACUUCUGCAUGAUGAGAGGGAUGACGCACUACUUGAGGUGACGACCAGCAGGAAUGGAAAAGCCAGGAUUGUUUGGAGAAACAUUCCUAAACAUCGUCUAAAUAAUGGAGUGAUGGUAGUGCUUUUCAAGAACAAUGAGGACCAGGAAGCCAGCAGGAUUUAUGAGUCCAUUGGGAACAGAGAAUCAGGUAGUUGUGACACCUCAGUACCCCUGAAUGAAGGCCUUCAGGUCCGGCUGCAUAAGGUGAGAAUAGAGUGCUGCUUCUGGAAAAGGGUGGGAGAGGAGAUAUGCAGAGGACCUGAGUUUAAGAAUCCCAAAGCAGUCGAUAUAGCAGGCUACAAUGCAAAACUCCAACUCUUUGCAAAAGAUGGUAAGGCUUGUGCUCGCUUAUUCGUUAGGAAGACUUUCAGUGAGUGGAGGUCAGAAUUUAACAAGUCUUGGGUUGGGUUCUAUACCUCUGCAGAUAAAGCCACACGUCACUAUGAAUGGUGGCAGUGGCAAUGGGCAACCAAAUUCAGACCUAGCGCUGAUGUUGAGAGCUCCUGUUAUGACGUCUAUGAAUAUCACUCAGGUAUGGCAAUUUCCCCAGGAGUCCAAGCACGAUUCAUACUCGUGGAUGAGGAAGUUAAAGUAAGCACCCCAAGCUGGAGGUGAUGAAGAAUACUACAGAUACACUAUAGACAAUCUUUUUUACAAAAUGUUUUUUUUUUUUUUUUUUUUUUUUUUUUUUUUUUUUUUUAAAAAAAAGGUAAAUUAUCAGCCACAUUACAAAUUUGAAUUUAUCCUUGCAUGAUAAUUUCUGAUAAAAUUAAACAGUGUUCAAACCAGUGAUCUCAUUAUUCUUAGUUAGAGUCUACCCAGUCCAUAAUCAAAUAGCAUGAGAGUUUUAAAAAAGUUAAAGAAUUAUUUGUGCUCUGCUUUGUUUUCUUCUAGAGAUAGACCGAUAAAUCAGACCCGCUCGACCUGUUCAUACAAGUCAAGCAACCAGCCCCGUAUCUAUAAUUAAACAUAAGCUACACAAACACUCAUUCAUAUUGUAUUUAUGCAGGGUGGUUUUCUGAGGUAAUUUUACAUAAUGUACUGUCCCAUUGUGAUGUGCCAACCACUCGCUCCUCAGCUCUCAUUACUUGUUGGUAAUUGGGGUAAUCAUUUGUCCUCCAUCUGUCCUAUGUUUUUGCUGUAUGUAUUCACAAAAAAAGCUUAUUGGGGUUUUUUUGUGGGUAACUUAAAUCACCCAUCUCAGUGUGUCAUGAAGUGCUCAGAGUUGUCAGGGUUUUGGUGGAGCCCUGCCAGUCAUCUUAAUUUCAGACUACAGGAUCUGACUAAAAACAGCACAUCUUCCUCACCAAGAGAUGAGGAAGUCAUCAGUCUAAUAAUUGAUAUAGCCUUUGCAUGGACUGAAAACCUGCAGACUCUGACAUUUGCUGUAAACAACAUUUGAAUCAAUCUUACCUGCCUGGAAAAAUUACAAAACAAGAUCAAAAACAAUAUGGCAGUUUUAAGUUUUAUGAUUACACAGCUGGACAUUUGGAGCUUUUACCUAUUUACAAAAUUGCUGUUUGUUAAUAAAAGCUCUAAAGCUCUCUAAAUGGCUCUUUUUGUAUAUCAUAAUGCACUGCUCUGGCAUGGUCAUAAAGCUCAAGGCUUUAUCCAUGCAGCACAAUGUCAUGCUCCAGCACAUCUAAUGGUAGUGACUCACUGAUAAUUAAAUCCUGUGUCUGAGAGAUGAAGAGAAUGUAAAUGGCUCCGAUGGAAAAAUGAAAGAGUUAAGCUAAGCAUCUAUGGUCUAUUGAGGAAAUCCUGCACUGUUGUUUAGUAUUAUUUCUGUAAUGUUUAAAAUUGUGUGUUUAAUAAACCACAUUUCAUGUGUCA